AUGCAUCGAAAGAGAAAGACAUUACACGAGAACUCGGUGCAACAAGUAUUCGACAGUUCUGGAUUAUCGUGCCCCAUCCCGGUGGAUUUUGUUGAAUUGCCCGAUGGACAUCGCCAUGAAAUUUUCAAGGUGGAAUCUUUUCUUCGUAUCUUCAGCUUGAAUGAGAAGUUGCAUUUGUUUUUGGGCCAUGUACAAGACUUUAGUCUGACCGAGGAAUAUUGGAGGCGGGUCAAGUGCAUUGAUCCUGGUCACCCAGUAUUCUCCUACCACAAGGGUAGGGAACAAUAUGUGAUUCCCUGUUGUCUACAUGCUGACGAGGGUCGCACGCUGAAGAAAUCGAGCAUCAUGGUGUGCAACCUGCAGCCGGAAUUAGGUUGCAACCCCGAUCCUGAUUAUGACCCCCAGGAGCUACACACCAACAUGAAGUGCAUCUCUUGGGCCACGAGGUUUCUGAUGUUCACCAUGCACAAGUCUAUCUACCGCAAAGAUUCAGCUCCAUUGUACAAGAUGUGGGAAAGUCUGGCAGAAGAGCUUCUACAUUUGUGGACUCAUGGUGUGGAAUUGAUUUGGAACAAUGCAAAAGUCACAGUUUUUAUAUGUGUCACUGCAAUCAAAGGAGAUUGGCCACUGCUGGCCAAAUUAGGCUGCCUCGAACGGUUCUUUGGAAGGAAGACGAAGGCCGGCAGCAAAAGCAUUGCCAAGGGGAUUUGCCACUUGUGCCUUGCUGGGCAGAAGGAGGUCCCGUUCCACGAUUGCACGCUUACGGCUCGUUGGCGAUCGACUUUUCUUGAGCACAACCCAUUCUGGAAGCCAUCUCCCUUCGCUUGCUUGCCCUAUCAUCAGCCACUCCUAUACAGGACAUGGUUCAAGGGACAAGAUACCACGAUUGUCAACAAGUUCCUCGAGGAACGGUUUAAGCAGCUGCUGGCCGAGGAGCCAUCUGAUUACGUUGCCGCCAUCCACGAAGCAGUGUGCAAGGCGAACUCCAUGAUGCGGCACUUGUUUGCACAUGGGCUUUGGUAUCGAAGGAUCGAUGCAACAGUGUUCGUAGAGCAUGCUUACGGCUUCCUGGCGAAGUACUUGGAAAUUGCUUAUAUGGCUCUGUCACGGCGAAAGACACGAUUCAAGUUGACCCCGAAAUUUCAUGCACUGAAUCACAUCGCUGAUUAUGUCCGUAUGGAUUUGAUCAAUUGUCCUUUGGCUCAGUGGCUGAGAAAUCCAGUCACAUGGUCUACCCAGCAGUGUGAAGACUUCACAGGGCGGGUAAGUCAGCUUAGCACAGCUGUCAGCUCACGAGCUUGCCACCGGCAAGUUAUGUGCAGAUAUGCAGUCAACUUGAAGAGCCACUGGUAG